CUUCGUUUUGACCCAAAAAGCCUAUUCACAGGCAUAUACCACAACCUGACCUGUACAUACGAAGCAUUAAAUUGCAUCAUAAACACACACACGCAUACGCGUGAGUACACAUAUAAAAACACUAUGAAACCUAUAAUGUGCUACGGGCACGAGCGUUCCCUGACUCAGAUUAGAUACAAUCGCUCGGGCGAUCUGUUGUUUUCCGUCGCCAAGGAUACCAAACCUACCGUCUGGUUCAGUCACAAUGGUGAACGUUUGGGUACAUAUAAAGGACACAAAGGUGCUUGCUGGUCUAUCGAUGUCAACUGGGACUCGACGCAUGUGGUCACUGGUGCAGCCGAUAACACGGCGCGUGUAUGGGACUGUGAAACUGGUACCGAACUUCACAAGCUAGGCACCGAGACCGCCGUACGAACAGUACGCUUCAACGAGGCUUUUAACCAGUUAGCUGUCACCACAGAUCAACGUAUGGGUUUCCCGUGCGAGAUCAGAUUAUUCGAUCUCAACGAUUCGAGUCAAAUGAAGAACAACAAGCCGCACACGGUCGUUGAACUCAACGACUCUAAGGUUACAACAGCCGAAUGGGGCCCAUACGACGAUACAUACAUCACCGGCCACGAGAACGGAGAAAUGAAGCUUUGGGAUAUCAAGACGUGGGAACCCACUACCAUCGUCGCCGUACACGACGCCCAAGUCAACGACAUCCAGAUGUCACCCAACCGAUCAUGUCUCAUCACCGCAUCAAAGGACCACAACUCCAAACUUCUCGACCCAAAAACGUUUGAAGUCCUAAAGACUUAUAAGACCGACCGACCAGUAAACUCAGCGUCAAUAAGUCCGAUCCGUGAUCAUGUACUACUAGGAGGAGGUCAAGAUGCCAGAGAUGUCACAACCACGAGCACUAGGGCAGGUAAAUUCGAGGUGCGAUUCUUCCACGAGAUCUUCGAAGAGGAGAUUGGUCGCGUCAAGGGCCAUUUCGGUCCUAUUAACACAGUACAAUUCCACCCUGACGGAACUGGAUUCGCGAGUGGAGGAGAGGAUGGUUACAUUCGAUUGCAUCACUUCGAUCAGGAUUACUUCAAUUUCCAGUUCGCCAUGUAAACACGCAUGUAUAGUGAAAAUAGAUAAAUAUGAAGGUGUCCGACUGUGAGCCAGUUUGUUUGAUAUUGAAAAUGUUAGGACGGCUGCAUCCGAUUUCAUCACUUCGAUCAGGAUUACUUCAAUUUCCAGUUCGCCAUUUAGACAAAAGCAUGUAUAAGUGAAAAUAGAUAAACAUGAAGGGAUCCUUCUGCGAGCCGGUGUAUUUGAUAUUGAAACCGUUCAUGCCAGUGGUGUAUAGGACGGCUGCAUCCGAUUUCAUCCCUUUGAUCAGGAUGUAUAAGUGAAAAUAGAUGAAUAUGAAGGUCUUCUUCCACGCAUAACGAUAACGUUGAAGUCAGUGGUGUAGAGGACGGCUGCAACCGGUUUCAUCACUUCGAUCAGGAGUGCUUCAAACUCCAGUUCGCCAAUGUAGACAAUCAUGUAUGAGGGAAAAUGGAUAAAUAUGCAGGUAUUCUUAUGCGCACAAUGAUAACAACGUUUUAGUGUAGAGGACGGUUG